AAUCACAGCAAAAACUCAAGCUGUGAUGGACUGGUCUCAAAUCUCAAGUCUCAAUCUGUGGUUUUGGCAACGUCACCAUAAAAAACACAGACACACAAAAGUACCACUUUUGUCUCCUUGUUCAACAAGGAUUACCAUCAUUCAGUCCAAAGUGUAGCUUCACAAAGAAAAUACUCAGAGGGAGAGAUUUGAUCCUUUGUGAUCCUAUCCGGUUCGAGGAAUUAGUCUCUGCAGUCGUGCGCAAAGGCUGGAUACUGAUUCACAUUAAAAAGGAGUUCAAUUCAAUAGAAUUUUUUGAUUCUAUGUCUUCGGAACUAUAUUCAUUCGGCACCACAACUUUCCACACACAUUCAACCUCAGAAAUAGUCUCUUCAAAUGAUGGAAGUGGAGACCUUCCAUUUUUCUCAGACUCUUUCCCUUUUUUCACCAAUUCUCAUCACAGUACUAAUGAAGUAACUUCUCAACAAAAUUCAAACCCAUUUGAUGAACCUCUUCUUCCUUCUCUAGACCCUUUUUCACCUUCUUUUUUCUCUUUCUCUCCUCCAACUGAUCAAAACCACACUACAGUGCAGCCUCUUUGUAAUGAAAGUUUCUCAGCUUUUGAUUUUUCCCAAGUUAAAAACGAGGAAUCACAAAUAAGUAUUGAUUAUUAUAACUACAAUACUAAUACUAAUAAUAAUCAAUUCCUUCCUCAUAGUUACAGUGGUGAUGAGAAUGUAUCAAAGUACAUGCAAAGAAGCUUCAGCAGUAACUCUUUCGAAAAGAAGCCUAGUUUUCUAUUCCAAACUCACCAUGAUAAUCUCGUUGAUUCAUCAAAAUUUCAAAGGCAUGAUUUAAGCUCUCCUGAAAAUAGUUUGAGAAGGGUUUGUAGCACAGGUGAUUUGCAGUCUUUGAAACAGAACAUGAAAGAAAAUAAUAUGUCUCCAACAGAGGGGAAUUUGCAAGAGGAACAAAAUUUCAAAGUAGGUCGUUAUAGUGCGGAAGAAAGAAAAGAAAAAAUUUCCAAGUACAGAGCUAAGAGAACACAGAGGAACUUCAACAAGACCAUUAAGUAUGCAUGUCGAAAGACACUAGCAGACAAUCGACCACGCGUACGUGGCAGGUUUGCACGCAAUGACGAGCCCACAGAGAUUCCUAAGGCUCCAUGUUUAAUCAGAGAUGAAGACGAAGUCGAUUUCUGGAUGGAAGAAUUGCGGUUGCAUGAAGAUGAUGUAACAGUGGGAGUAGCAGAACAAUAUCUGAAGAGUAGUGGUUACGGAGUUGGUCAAUUUCAGUACUUUGGGUUAUGAGUUUAGUGUUAGGAAUCUUUAGACGUUAUGCUUGCACCACUUGAUCAAGCUGAAAGUCUUUCUUUUAUUUCUUUGAUAAUAUAAUGCUAUUGUUAUAUAAAAAAAUAAAAAAUAAAAAAUAAAAAGAUAAAGUAUAUGAAUAACUCACUCACCUCACCUGGAAUCUGAGAAGAUGUUACUAAGGUCAAUAUGAAAUUAAUUGGUUGUUGGAGGGUGCCCUACAUAGCUAGUUUAUAGUUGCAUAAUAUUCUACUUUCCAUUUUUUGUAUUUCAGGUAUGAUUUAUCAAUUGUUUAGUAUAUGUAAAUUGUAUUCCAUAUUUUUUACUAAAGAAGGCAUUGAUUCAUUUAAA